GGCCUCGCCGGUUUGGCGGGGUGAAAGGUUGCGAAGAUGGCGACGGCCUUGAGCGAGGAGGAGCUGGACAAUGAAGACUAUUACUCGCUGCUGAACGUGCGCAGGGAGGCCUCUUCUGAAGAGCUAAAGGCUGCCUACCGGAGGCUGUGUAUGCUCUACCAUCCUGACAAGCACAGAGACCCAGAGCUCAAAUCACAAGCCGAACGGCUGUUUAACCUUGUUCACCAGGCUUAUGAAGUGCUUAGUGACCCCCAAACCAGGGCCAUCUAUGACAUAUAUGGGAAGAGAGGACUGGAAAUGGAAGGCUGGGAGGUGGUGGAGAGAAGGAGAACCCCAGCUGAGAUCAGAGAAGAGUUUGAGAGGCUGCAGAGAGAACGGGAAGAGAGGAGGCUGCAGCAGCGAACCAACCCCAAGGGAACCAUCAGCGUUGGAGUAGACGCCACUGACCUUUUUGAUCGCUAUGAUGAGGAAUAUGAAGAUGUAUCUGGAAGUGGCUUUCCGCAGAUUGAGAUUAAUAAAAUGCACAUAUCCCAAUCCAUUGAGGCACCCUUGACAGCUACAGACACAGCCAUCCUCUCCGGAAGCCUCUCUACCCAGAAUGGCAAUGGAGGCGGCUCCGUUAACUUUGCACUCCGACGAGUCACUUCCGCAAAGGGAUGGGGAGAGUUGGAGUUUGGAGCUGGAGACCUCCAGGGGCCUUUAUUUGGGCUCAAGCUGUUCCGUAAUCUCACACCAAGAUGCUUUGUGACGACAAACUGUGCUCUGCAGUUUUCGUCCCGUGGAAUCCGGCCUGGCCUUACCACCGUCCUAGCUCGGAACCUGGACAAGAACACCGUGGGCUACCUGCAGUGGCGAUGGGGUAUCCAGUCAGCCAUGAACACAAGCAUUGUUCGGGACACCAAGACUUGCCACUUCACCGUUGCCCUGCAGCUAGGGAUCCCUCACUCCUUUGCCUUGAUUAGCUAUCAGCACAAGUUCCAGGAUGAUGACCAGACACGUGUGAAAGGGUCACUCAAGGCUGGCUUCUUCGGGACAGUAGUAGAGUAUGGAGCGGAGAGGAAGAUCUCCAGACACAGUGUCCUGGGUGCGGCCGUCAGCAUUGGCGUCCCACAGGGCGUGUCUCUCAAAGUCAAGCUGAACAGAGCCAGCCAGACCUACUUCUUCCCUAUUCACUUGACGGAUCAGCUCCUGCCCAGUGCCGUGUUCUAUGCCACCGUGGGGCCUCUCGUGAUCUACUUCGCUAUGCACCGUCUGAUCAUCAAACCUUACCUCAGGGCUCAAAAAGAAAAGGAAUUAGAGAAGCAGAGGGAGAGCACCGCCAGCGACAUCCUGCAGAAGAAGCAAGAGGCCGAAGCUGCUGUCCGGCUGAUGCAGGAAUCUGUCCGAAGAAUAAUUGAAGCAGAGGAGUCCAGAAUGGGGCUCAUCAUUGUGAAUGCCUGGUACGGGAAGUUUGUCAACGACAGGAGCAGGAGGAAUGAGAAGGUGAAGGUGAUUGACGUUACGGUGCCCCUGCAGUGCCUAGUGAAGGAGUCGAAGCUGAUCCUCACGGAGGCCUCCAAGGCUGGGCUGCCGGGGUUCUAUGACCCGUGCGUGGGGGAGGAGAAGAACUUGCGAGUGCUUUACCAGUUCCGAGGGGUGCUGCACCAGGUGAUGGUGCCUGACGGCGAGGCCCUGAGGAUACCGAAGCAAUCUCACAGGAUCGAUACAGAUGGAUAAGCUGCUUGGGAACCUGAUUCAAAAGAGGCUGCAAAAAUCUUUUCCUGGGAGUCUACAAAUUUGGAAGCAGGGAAAACCCGGGCAUCUGAUGUUUUUAGUUUACUCGAGGUGGCGCUGUACCAGUUAUGUGAAGGGACAUGCAGACACCCCAGCUCUGUGGGUGCUGUGGGUAGGACUGAGGAGCCCCACCCUGGCCAGACCACACCACCACGUCUUUUCCCAGGGAUCAUGUUCCUGGAGGGCAGGGCCUGAGCUGACUUCAGGUUACCCCACCCCCGGUCCUUAGCACGAGUGCCUGCACCUAGUAGCCCUCGGUCUGGAGGUGUUUGGAACAUCCUUCCCUCACACAGGACUGCUCUUCCUGAAGCCCACACUGCACAUGGGAAAUGCGGAAAGGAAGGUGUGCCACAUACCGGGGCCUCUGCUCCGUCGGCUACCCAGCUUCCUCUGCAGAAAUAUUAGAGUGAACUGGAGAGCACUGCGAGUUUAUAAAACUGCUUUUUAUCUGAGAACAAACGGGUUUGGACACUGGUCUCUUCUCUUCCCUCCCCCACCCCCACGUCCAGUGCUUCUCAAAUCAUUCCUCCAGCCCCUGGCUUGGAACUGGUAUGACCCCAGGGUGCGCGGUCAAGGCAUUCUGCCUGUGUUUCUGAGAUGUCCUGCGGCCAAUGGACACUGAACUCAUGUCCCUUUCACAGCAAACUCAAGGCACUACCCCAGCCUGCCCUGCCCAGCCUACACCUCUAGAUGUUGGAGUUAGAGCCUUGCGAGGACAGGUGGGGCAGGAUGGCCCGGGGCCACAUGUGUGCCAAACCCAAGGUUGGCCCAGGCAGCGGUGCCUCUAGUGAGCACCCAGCAGGUGGCGCCAUUGUUCGCCAAGCCAGGCCCUCAUGAACCAUCUAGCAUGGUGUCUCAGCUCCCAGACCCCAUCUGUCCACUGGCUGGAUUGCCCCUGCACAGGAAGCUGUUAGCUCUGGUGAGCAGAGCCUGCGUGGGCAGUGGUUACGACCACGGGCCCUGGAGGCUGAGGCCCUCUGGUCUUGGCUCUGCAGCAGCUGCUGCUAAAGCCAAGCAUCACCCCACACUGGUAAUCGCUAAUGACCCUUUCCUCCAGUUUUUCAAAGCAGUUCACUGUCUUAAUUCUGUGAUAUUUAUCCCCACUUUUUAAAAGGGGACAUUUCUCUGACUGCCCCACAGACUGACGUGUGUUCUGCACCCAGUUGCAUGAGCCUCGACUUGGUGGCAUGUGGUUCCCUGGGCACGGCUGCUCCUGUUGGAAGCUGACUGUACAGUGGCACUGCCCACAAUAAACUUGUCCUGAAAGCC